GCGGAAAACAGCGUCUGCUUCCUGUCACUUCUGCCACUGCAGGAGUAAACAAACUACAUGAGCAAAUAUGAUCAUAAGAAGCAUCCUCCUUCUUCUUCUAUGGUGCACUGAUAUCACACAUGGAAACCUGGAUGCAGUUCAGCUCAACCUGGACCAACCUUUGGUGCAGCAAAAGAUCAACGAAAUUGCAAAACUGCAAUGCUGUUUUAUGGUCAAGUUUGAGUUGGAGCCCAUCUGGGUCGUUACCACGCGUAACGGCAGCUGCCGCUCCCACUUCAUAACAAAGCCAGUCGGCCUUAACGACAGGGUGAAGAGAAGCAAAGGCAACGCAACGACGGAGGGGCUAACGUGUCACAUGCUGGAGUUUGGAAAGGUGUACGUGAGUGACAUGGGGCUGUACCAGUGCCUUCUCAACCACACCCAACUGCAAUGCCCCGCCUUCACCCACGGAACAUACCUGCAAGUCUACAAGCCCAUGCGCAGGUUCCUGAACAUCGGCGAGUCAACCAAGAACAGCAUCCUCCUGUCAGAGGCCAUUCUGCUCCUCCUGUGUGUGCUAGUGCCCGGAAUACCGCUUCUGUUCAAGAAAAAGAAACUCCAUCAGCAUGGAAAAAAGAAUAAGGGAGAGGAAGAGAACAUUUAUGAGGGGCUGAACCUGGAGGACUUGGACUCCACGUACCACCAGAUCCAGCGCUCCCAAGUGCACUCCCCCUACCAGGAUGUGGACACACUGGCCCAAGACAUUCAGUUGGAGAAGCCCUAGAGGGAGUUAGAGAUGUUCGAGGGAAGAUGACCAGUCAGAGGUGCACAGUCUGGCUCCGAAACAUUUUGUAGCAUUCAUGUAACUCAGAGAGAAAGAGAAAUGAAUAGUUCGCUUUUUAUCGCUAAUUAUCUUGAGCAGAAAAAAUGGUUUGUUGCCGAUUUCAUACAGAUUUUAUGAGCUAGAUUUGCUGCCGAAGCCCCCUGCUAAGACUCCUGUUUGGCAAAUGUAAUUCAAUAAUUGUAUCAUUUAGAAAUGCUGUGACUGUGAUUUUGUACCAAUAAAGUUGUUUCAACAGAAAA